UAGAGCGAAUCAGUACCAGCUUGGAUCUCGUUAUUGGUAUAACACAGCUAAUCGUGGAGUAAUUGUUUCCCCCGUGAAACGUCAAAUCAACAGCUCAACAAUGCGAAUGUUCGUACUUCCUUGUCUCGCCGUGUGCUUGGCAUUGGCCCACUGUGCGGCCGUUGAGGAGAAGAAAGCCGAAAGUGGUGGGGCGGAUGAGAAGACCGUGGAGAAGCGUGGCCUCUAUGGCAGUGAGGGCAGCUACCAUCAUCACUACCAUCAGCCGCAGCAUCAUCACGAGCACAUCAAGACGGUGACCAUCGAGAAGAAGGUUCCAGUCCAUUAUACUGUGACCAAGCAUGUGCCCUACACCGUCGAGAAAAAGAUCCCCUAUGAGGUUAAGGUCGAUGUUCCACAGCCUUAUUAUGUGGAGAAGAAAGUGCCUGUUCAUGUGAAGGAGUACGUUAAGGUGCCCGUGCAUGUGCCCAAGCCUUAUGAGGUCAUCAAGAAGAUCCCGUAUGAGGUGAAGGUGCCUGUGGAUAAGCCCUACGAGGUGAAGAUUCAUGUGCCACAGCCGUACGAGGUGAUCAAGAAGAUCCCAUAUGAGGUGAAGGUGCCCGUGCCACAGCCCUACGAAGUGAUCAAGAAGGUGCCACAUGAGGUUAAGAUCGAAGUGCCCGUGCCCAAGCCCUAUGAAGUCAUCAAGAAGGUGCCCUAUGAAGUGAAAUACGAGGUGGAGAAGCCCUACGAUGUGGAGGUGGAGAAACCCUACGAUGUUGAAGUCGAGAAGCCAUACAAGGUGGUCGUGGAGCAGAAGGUACCCUACGAGGUGAAGGUGCCCGUCGACAAACCCUACAAAGUUGAGGUUGAGAAACCAUAUCCAGUCCAUGUGAAGGUGCCUGUGCCACAGCCCUAUACCGUGGAGAAGAAGGUUCACUACACCGUCGAGAAGCCCGUACCGUAUGAGGUGAAGGUGCCCAUCGAGAAGCCAAUUCCCGUCUACAGCGAGGUGAAGGUGCCCAUCCACAGGGAGAUUCCGGUGCCACACAAAUACCACGUGGAAGUGCCAAUCUUCAAGCAUCACGAGGAUCAUCAUCAGAGCCAGCACGAGUACGGACACGGACACGGACACGGCUACUAGAGCCCCAGUGCCAGCACAGAACGCGAGCACAAGAAGAAGAGGCAGUAAACGAACAAGAGAAGAAAGAGGAGAACGAGAACGAGAAGCAAGCGAAGACACUAACAGCGAGUCUUCCAUCAUGAAUCCACGAGGCAACGUUGAGCUGGACGUUGAACGGGUGACACGAGAAGGAGGAGCAGACAGAGCAGAAGAAGGAGGAGAGCUGAAGCGAGUAGCGGGUGAGAGGACAAACUGACCAGCUACUCGGAUUAAGAUCUGGUGGGGAGUGGGACCAAACUGGUUCGCUCUCCCCACAUCAGUUGUAAGCCAAAUGUGUUAGUACUUUUAUCAUUGUAUUAGGCCAACUACAAUUUCUUAUUUCUUAUUUAAAUUAUAAGCUAAAGAAACA